GUCGAUAGACACUGUCAAUCACGCUUCCUGAUAACGAUUAAACCAAAAAGUCGAAAAUGUAGUAAAACUUGUUGAAACUAAAUAAGUUAUUGGGAUUAAAGUGAAAUAGAAGGAUAGCCAGUCAACAGUGAUAAUAUUUCGAUAGUUGAGCAGCCAUCAAUGGUGCCGGCUGGGUGUUAUCGGAUAAUUGACAGCCCUAAAUCCUUUGGAAAUCCUCAAGUUCAGCUGCUUUUGCACACACUGACCUUCAUUAUACAUACAUACCGUAUAUACAAGGUGUUUGUGUGCGUCUGCAAGUGUGUGGGUGCACUCGAAAAAAGGUUGGAAAGGAAACAAGCCAGAUAUCGGUGAAAAACGUUGGAUCUUAUAACCCGGAAAAGUCAGAAAAGCCUAAAAAAAGUCAAGGACGACAUGCUGCCCCCCGCCCACAGAAGUGGAUGUGGGUGGCUCACCCAUUAAAACUCCACUAAAACGCAAGCGCAGGAGUUUUUCCUUCAAGAAGUCAAGGCUUCUUUAGUAAGGGGUCAUGGUCACAGGAUAUAGGAUAUAGUAUAUAGCAGCAACAACAUGUCCAGCGAAUCGUCCACCGAAGGCGAUAGCGAUCUAUACGAUCCAUUGGCCGAGGAGCUUCACAAUGUCCAGUUGGUCAAACAUGUAACCCGGGAGAACAUCGAUGCCCUAAAUGCCAAGUUUGCCAAUCUGCAGGAGCCACCAGCCAUGUACUUAAUGGAAUACCAGGAGUUGACCUCCAAACUCCACGAACUAGAGGCCAAGGAGCAGGAAUUAAUGGAGCGACUGAAUUCCCAAGAUCACCAAGAGGACUCCUCAUUGGUUGAGCGAUUCAAGGAGCAACCGCACUAUCAAAAUCAAACCCAAAUCCUGCAGCAACAGCGCCAAUUGGCUCGAGUGCAUCAUGGCAAUGAUCUUACGGAUAGUUUAGGCUCCCAGCCGGGCAGCCAAUGUGGAACUUUGACCCGUCAGCCCAAGAUCCUGUUAAGAGCUCAUCUGCCCAAUCAACAGCGCACUUCAGUGGAGGUAAUUUCAGGAGUACGACUAUGUGAUGCCCUCAUGAAGGCCCUGAAACUCCGGCAAUUAACGCCGGAUAUGUGCGAAGUGAGCACAACUCAUUCCGGAAGACAUAUCAUACCUUGGCACACGGAUAUAGGCACUCUACACGUGGAGGAGAUAUUUGUUCGGCUGCUGGAUAAAUUCCCGAUAAGGACACACAUCAAACACCAGAUUAUAAGGAAGACCUUCUUCUCGUUAGUUUUUUGCGAAGGCUGUCGAAGGCUAUUGUUUAAUGGCUUUUACUGCAGCCAGUGUAAUUUCCGUUUUCAUCAGAGGUGCGCCAAUAGAGUUCCCAUGUUGUGCCAGCCCUUUCCUAUGGAAAGCUAUUAUCAGCUACUCCUGGCUGAGAAUCCGGAUAACGGAGUCGGCUUCCCAGGUAGGGGCACUGCUGUCCGGAUUAAUAUGAGCAGCAGAAGUCGUAGUCGGCGGUGCAGCAGCAGCGGCAGUAGUAGCAGCUCUAAGCCACCAUCCUCGUCCUCUGGAAACCAUCGGCAGGGUCGUCCGCCAAGGAUCAGCCAGGAUGAUCGAUCGAAUUCCGCUCCAAAUGUGUGCAUAAACAACAUUCGAUCAAUUACAAGCGAAGUGCAGCGGAGUUUGAUUAUGCAAGCGAGGCCUCCAUUACCGCACCCAUGUACUGAUCACUCCAACUCAACGCAGGCAUCGCCCACCAGUACACUGAAGCAUAAUCGACCCAGGGCAAGGUCCGCCGAUGAGAGCAACAAGAAUAUACUUUUGAGGGAUGCUAAGAGCUCCGAAGAGAACUGGAAUAUCCUGGCUGAGGAGAUUUUGAUAGGACCCCGGAUCGGAUCUGGGUCCUUUGGAACCGUUUAUCGAGCCCACUGGCACGGUCCCGUGGCCGUUAAGACGCUUAACGUAAAGACCCCGAGUCCCGCCCAGUUGCAGGCAUUCAAGAACGAGGUGGCCAUGCUGAAGAAAACGCGUCACUGCAACAUCCUGCUCUUCAUGGGCUGUGUGUCCAAGCCAUCUCUGGCAAUUGUGACCCAAUGGUGCGAGGGCAGUAGCCUCUAUAAGCACGUUCACGUCAGCGAAACGAAGUUUAAAUUGAACACGCUCAUCGAUAUUGGUCGUCAAGUGGCCCAGGGUAUGGAUUAUCUCCAUGCCAAGAACAUCAUUCACAGAGACCUCAAGUCGAACAACAUCUUUUUGCACGAGGAUCUUUCCGUGAAGAUUGGCGAUUUUGGACUGGCUACUGCGAAAACUCGAUGGUCUGGUGAAAAGCAGGCCAAUCAGCCAACGGGCAGUAUUUUAUGGAUGGCUCCAGAGGUAAUUCGCAUGCAGGAACUGAAUCCCUACUCCUUCCAAUCGGACGUUUAUGCCUUUGGUAUCGUGAUGUAUGAACUAUUGGCCGAGUGUCUGCCCUAUGGUCAUAUUAGCAACAAGGAUCAGAUCUUGUUUAUGGUGGGGAGAGGACUUCUACGUCCAGAUAUGAGUCAAGUGCGCUCAGAUGCACCGCAGGCAUUAAAACGCUUGGCCGAGGACUGCAUUAAGUAUACGCCCAAGGAUCGCCCGCUCUUUAGGCCUCUACUCAAUAUGCUGGAGAACAUGCUGCGCACUUUGCCCAAAAUCCAUUGCAGUGCCAGUGAACCGAACUUGACGCAAUCCCAGUUGCAGAACGAUGAAUUUCUGUAUCUGCCAAGUCCUAAAACGCCGGUGAACUUCAACAACUUUCAGUUCUUCGGCAGUGCUGGGAAUAUUUAGACGGCGACCUGUACCUGUACUUAUAUCCCGCGUGAUCAAAGGUAUCCUAUUUCUAUAUAUUUUUCGUUUUUGUCCCUCUGUAUAUAAGCGAUUCGCCAAAGGGUCGGCUCAGGUUUGCCCACCAAAGUGAAAGAGAUGGGUUGCCUGCCGGCCACAAAGCGAAAUUUGCUGCUUUCCUUGGAACUGACAAAGUGCAUUUCUGACUACAAAACUGUAAACUAAACUGCAACGCCCAUGUGUACAUAACUGCAUCAUAACUUAUAUACGUUAGGCAAACUAAACUGAAACUAAACUAAACUAAACUAGCUGAUCGCAAUUACAUUAUACACAUUAUACUUAUACUACAACAAA